AUGCUCAACCGCCCCAACAACCGCGGCGGCAAGGGCGCCAACGGCAAGGAGAAGAAGGUGCCUAACAAGCCCUUCUCUCGCAUCCCUGACGAGGUCUACGUCGACCCCAAGUUCGCCAGCAACGAGUACGUCCCCAACGACUACUCGCAGCGCGCACACGAGGACCUCAUUGUCACCAAGGGCAAGGCCUUCACCAAGGAGAAGAACAAGAAGAAGCGCGGCAGCUACCGCGGCGGCCUGAUCGACAUCUCGGAGAAGAAGGGCAUCAAGUUUGAGUAUUAG